GUUUGCCUCUAUAUCAAAAUGAUAUUAAUCUACUUGGGAAUAAUUAUAAUUUUAGUGUACGUAUGGCUUAAAAUACGUUUUACGUAUUGGAAACGUAAAAAGGUUCCAUAUUUGGAACCAGAAAUUCCGUACGGUAAUUUAAAGGGUGUUGGAAGUAAAGUAAUGAUUGGUGAAAGAUUUCGAGAACUAUAUAAAGCUGGAAAGAAAUUAAAUCAUCCGUUUGUUGGAAUUUAUAUGCUUAUAAGUCCAAGUGCUUUAAUAAUAGAUUUAGAUUUAAUGAAAAAAAUGUACAUAAAAGAUUUUCAAUAUUUUCAUGAUCGAGAUAUUUAUCACAAUGAAGAAGACGAUCCGUUAUCUGCUCAUUUGUUGAGUCUUACGGGAGUGAAAUGGAGAAAUUUAAGGCCAAAAUUUUCACCAACUUUUACUUCUGGAAAAAUGAAAUUUAUGUUUACAACAGUGCUCAAAGUGGGCGAGAAAUUAGUAGAAUUUUUAGAAGAAUCAAUACAAAACAGCAAAAGCGAUAGAGCAGAAUUGCAAAUGAAAGAGGUAUUUUCUCGUUUUACAACAGAUGUGAUAGGUACUUGCGCCUUUGGUAUUGAAUGUAAUAGUUUAAAAGAUCCAAAUGGUGAAUUCAGAAGAUAUGGAAGAAAAAUUAUUGAAGAACCAAGACAUGGUGUGUUAAUGAGAUUAUUUGCAACCUUUUUUCCAAAUUUAUGUAGAAAAUUGCAUAUUAAAUCAGAAAGAGAUGAUGUCAGUGAAUUUUUUAUAACUGCGUUAGAAAAAACAAUCGAAUAUCGCGAAAAGAAUAAUGUUAAACGCAAUGAUUUUUUGGAUAUGAUGAUAGAGUUAAAAAAUUCGCCAAAUGAAGAUGAGCGUGUAACAUUUAAUGAAAUUGCAGCUCAAGCAUAUAUAUUUUUCUUCGCGGGUUUUGAAACAGCAUCAACUACUCUAGGUUUCUGUGUUUAUGAAUUAGCAAAAAAUCCUGAAAUUCAACAGAAAUGUAGAGAAGAAAUUGAAAACGUUUAUCGCAAGCAUGGCGAAAAAUGGACUUAUGAAGGAGUUAUGGAAUUACAUUAUAUGCAUAGAGUUGUUGACGAAACACUCCGAAAAUAUCCUCCAGUUCCAAUAAAUUUAAGAGAAGUUGCAAGUGAUUAUCUGGUAACAGAAACAAAUGAUGUGAUUGAAAAAGGUCAGAGAGCCAUAGUUCCAGUGUAUGGAAUACAUCAUGAUGAAGAAUAUUAUCCUGAUCCAGAAAAAUUUGAUCCUGAUAGAUUUUUACCAGAAAAUAUUGCAAAACGUCCUCAAUUUACAUACUUACCAUUUGGAGAAGGACCUAGAAAUUGUAUUGGAAAACGAUUUGGUUUAAUGCAAACUUAUAUUGGUUUGGCAUCUAUUUUAGGAAAAUUCAAAAUUACUACGAGUGAUAAAACAUUGCCAUCGAUUUCAUCAUUUCUACCACAAGCAUUUAUCUUAGGUCCUAAGGAACCAGUUUAUUUAAAUGUGGAAUAUUAUAAAAAAUAA